UCAUUGUUGUUCAGUAUCUCUCCUUCUGUUGUGAUUUCUGUUUACACUCCAACUCGAACAGCUGACUGACUUUUAGUAUGGUUUGAUUUAAAAAAUUGUAAUGGAGAAACUUACUAAAUUCUUAAGUCGUUAGUAUUGUUGAAAUCCCCCUCGUGAACACCCCUAAUUUUGAGAAAAAACAUGAAGUAACGUAGAAUGUCAAUGGCGGGGUAUCAACGGUAAUCUGAGAUAUGGCACUGACACAAUGAGCUUUUGGCAAGGCAAUUCCCAACCUAAUCUCUCAGUAACUGGCACAUCGACAUCACGUCAUCAAAGGCCACCUAGUGGACGUCGUGCACAACCUGGUAGUGCUGGGAGAGGAGGGAGCACAAAAUCUCACAUAUUUGGUAUUGAUGAUAGCCCCAGACAGAAAAACCCUGAUGCUAACACUACAGUCAGUUCCCAUGGAAACAGUAUUAAAUCAAGCUCAAUCCGCACCACACCAGAGGCACCACGCCCUGUAAGUGGGCACCCUCCAAAGAAGGCAGCAGGACUGACUUCAAGUGCUUCAGUGAUCACAAAAUCUCAGUUGGAUGCUGCUAGAAACUUAGCCAAGGAAAAUCCAAAUUAUGCUGAUCAGCCAAGGGAGGUCCAAGUUUUCUCAAGGAGUCACAUGGGUGGAAGAAAGGCACCUCAGGGGGUACCUCAGUUAGACCUUGGAAAUCUUGCCGAUGAUAAUUACCAGUUGCUUGAACCAAUAGAACAGGAUGGUCCCCAUUUACACACACCAGAUUCCAAUAGCAGUCUAAUCAGCUGGGGAACUCCUCUUCAUAGCUCAAGAUUUCACCCCAGUCCAGCAAAACCUAAAGGAGGGGGGUGGCAGCAGGGUCAUGGUACACAGUCACAAAAGAAGCCAGGGGAUGACGUACCUCCUCUUGAUCUGAAGAAGUCACAAGGAAAUGAUUGCUUGCAGAAGGCUUUUCAAGCAGGCCAUGAUGUGAAUAGAGAUGUCCAUCCUGAUGUCAGAUUUGAAGAGAAGCCAUUCAAGGUGGAUACCAAUAACACAAGGAACAGCCUGGCCAAUAAGCAUAAUAGACCAUGGAGUACGCAACCACACACACAGCGAGAGCUGGCUCAGCUUAAGACAAGACAAGAAAGGGAAAUUUUGCACUCAGAAAAGAAGAAGGAUUUGAUUGCAGAAACCGUUCUGGUGGAUCAGUUGUCAAGGGCAACUGUCUCUGAUCCAGAGAAAAACAACAGCACUAUUCCUCCUGAUCUAGGACCCAAACAGCGAAAGCAAAUGGAAUUCUAUAACACAAGGAGUCCUUCCAAAGGUCCAAGCACAGAAAAUUCCCUUUCCAAGAGGGUGCGUUUUGGAGCCAGAAUUGUGACUAAGAAUGGUCGUGACGCUCAUAGAGAACUGAAUGGGUUCUUCUUCUCAGCAGAUGGAACACUAACACUCUAUGAAUUUCACCAGUUUGGCACAAGGUCAUCAGCACUCCCUUUUAUUCAGCGAGGAUGUUACAACCAUGUUCAGGGAAGGAAUAAGGGAAAAGCUUACACUCUGCUCGAUAUUCAUGUGGUAUGGUCAAGAAACAACUUCAAACAAGGGCUGUCAAAACAAUGAUGGGUCUUGGACAACACUUCAGAAAGAUGGACCAAUCAGGGGAUGGGCUGUUAGAUAAGACUGAACUCCAAAAAGCUUUAGAGGCUUAUCACAUCAGAAUACCUGAUCAGACAUUUAAUCGUUUAUGGAAUGUGCUUGACAUAAAUCAAGAUGGGUUCUUAGAUUAUGGAGAGUUCUCAAGAGGAUUUAUUGGUGAAAUGAAUGAAUUAAGGAAGUCCUCUGUUAGAGAGGUGUUCCGGAAGUUGGACCCUAACAAAAGUGGAGUGGUUAAUUUGAAUGAUGUAAAAAAGUUUUACUGCACUAAAAAACACCCAAAAGUUAUUUCAGGGGAGUCUCAGGAAUGGGAAAUUGAAGAAGCCUUUCUUAGUGCCUUUCAACUUUGUGAGAACAAGGGCCAAGUAACUUAUGCAGAAUUUGAGGAUUACUUUGAAGGUGUAAGCCUUGGCUUUGAGAGUGAUCAAGAGUUCACAGCAAUGAUGAGAAACUGUUGGGGUAUCUAAUCCCCUUGACCUCUGAGUGUCUUUUUACAAUACUCUUAGCCUACGUUCUGCUGGAAGAUUCAUAGUUAUUUGGGAAUGGUGUUUUCCAGUACUAUAAUUAUUCCAAAUGACGAUGUGGUUAUAACUUUUUAAAAUGUACUCUAAGUGCUGUUAUUUAUUACAUCUUCUCAACAUUAAUUAGAAACUUAGUUUACCAUAUGAUAUUAGGUUACCAUGUCUUUACUCUGCCAAAGCAGGCUGUUUCAAUGAAUUAUAUCAUCUAUUCAUAACAUUACAUUUGUUAACUAUUGAAUUUAUAUGGUUGCAUGAGCAUGCUUCACUCUCCUGUUUUUUAUGCUCAGUCUGAUAACUGGUGUAUGUCCUCUAAAGCAUAGAAGAGAGAAUUUCCCUUGUGUAACAGGGGUGUCCAUUGUAGUCAGAAGAUCAUGGAAAGUUAGGAGAUUACUUAAGCGAACUUAGCUUGUUUUUAAAAGGAAGCUAAGGUUGUAUGGGGCUCUAAUGAAGUAUUCUUUAUCUUUUUUGCUGUCCAAACUUCGCAAGUGUCUCACAUCCCAAAUAAUGCAUAAUGAUGCAUGACUCAGUUAUUAUCAAUGUGUCCUGUCUGGCUGAUAAUUCUGUUAUAUAUUGCUAUUAUCAGCCAUCACUAUACAUGUAGGUGAUUAACAUUUUUAAAAUAACUACGUGAAGAAUACUAUAGAUUUUUAGUGAUAGGGGAAAAGAAGAGGUCAACUAAAGUUGUGCUUGGAGCCCCAUGAAAAGAAAUUGCAUUAUGACACAGUGACCAUAAAUAGGGCAGUUACCAUAUUCUGCAUGUGUAUUGUGGCAUUUACAUGUUUAGUUAUAAAAGUGUUGUGUCUAACUUAAUACAGUUAUCAGCAAUUUUAAUCUACCAAUCUUGAGUAGUAAAUUUUUAUUGAGUCACUGAAACCCUUCCUUGUUGGUCAGGACUUGACUGUCAAGAAAGAAUCAAUUUCAAGAAUGAAUUUUGAUAGCUGUACAUAUACUAAAUAAAUAACACUCAAUGGAAGGAA